CCAAGCUUCCGUUUCCCGCGGAAGCCCCUCCCUGACUGUUAGCGGCUAGUUCCACACCCGUAAGACAGCAGGAGAAACCGGUAAACGAAGAGGGAAAACACCGUAAAAAGAAGGAAAUUAUGUCAGUGGGGGAGCUCAGAGUACUCCGGUGACCGAACAACGACUCUCCCAAGGGAAAUAACCGUUUCCAGAUUGAAACCAUGAAAUCAUACUGCUGCCAGAUUCACAGUUAGAGACGGACUCUAGAUCCACUAUGGGCUUUGGGCGGGACCUCACCAACUCCUAUGAGGGUCUACUGAAGCUGCAGGACUGGGAAUUGAAGCUUCUGGAGAUGGUGAAGCGCUUCAUGACACUGCGGGUGAAGAGUGAUAAAGAGUAUGCUGCCCUGCUCCUCAGCAUGACUCAGCAAACGGAGAAACAGGAACCCGUUGACUUUGUGAGCACGGUCAGCAAGUCAUGGUCACAGGUUGUUCAUCAGACAGAGGCACUGGGUCGAAUCAUGAGGGGCCAUGCUGACGACCUGAACUCUGGCCCACUACACCGCCUUGCUACUCUUAUCCGAGACAAGCAGCAGGUGAAGAAGAGCUACCAAAGUCUUCAUCAGCAGCUGGAAAGUCAAAACCAAAAGAUAACCAAAACUGAACUGGAGAAGCUGAAGUCCACGUACCGUCAGCUGUGCCGCGAUGCCAACAAUGCUAAAGAGAAGUACCGUGAGGCUCUGGCCAAAGGCCGGGAGGCUGAGCGUGCUCGCGAUCGUUACGACAAAGCAACAGCAAAGCUCCAUAAUCUUCACAAUCAGUAUGUGCUGACAGUGUGUGGUGCCCAAAUUCAGCAGGAUGAGCAUCGACGGCACGCAGCGCCUGCGCUGCUUGACGCUCUGCAGAGGAUGCAGGAGGACAUGACGCUGGCACUCAAAAGUAUUCUGGAGGAGUACUGUGAGAUCAGCAGUCUGUUGACAGAGGAGAUGGUUAAAGUCCACCAGGAGAUCUCGGCGGCAGUCCAGCAAAUUGAUCCUCUAGCAGAGUACCAACAGUUCAUUGAGGCCUACAGGUGUCCUGAGACUCCAGAGGCGAGUGUGGAGUUUGAUGCAACUCUACUGGAGGAAACAGACAAUAUUCCAGCCAAUGAGAUCCUGUGGAACACUCUGACGGCUGACAGUCUUCAGGCCAUAAUACAAACCACUUGUUCAGAGGCAACCCGUGACAAGAAGAACUGUGAGAAAAUGGUCACAGGACGCUGAAGAAGCCCUGCAGGGUUGUUUUGAGACCACAGAUUGGAUGACUCUCUGCCAAGGGUAUGAAGAGGACAUCAAUGCCAUGACUGGAUGUGUCACUGACUAUAUAAACUUCUGUGUGGACAACAUCAUACCCACCAGAACAGUGAGAUGCUUCGCUAAUGACAAACCUUGGAUCACCAGUGAACUGAAGAAUCUGCUAAAUGAGAAAAAAAGAGCGUUCAAGGAGGGAGACAGGGAAUUAUUGAGGAGUAUACAGAAGCAACUGAAGAUCGAGAUCAGAGACAGCACGGAGGCAUACAGGAAGAAGCUGGAUAACAAACUACAGAGGAACAAUAUCAGAGAUGUUUGGUCAGGGAUGAAGAAGAUCACAGGCUUCAAGGAGAGGAAGGAUUGCACAGAUGGCAGCCUGGACACAGCCAAUGAACUGAACAAGUUCUUCAAUAGGUUCAGUUCUGGAACAAAUCCAGCAUCCUCCUAGCCUGUCAGGUAAAGAGGCAGCUGGAGAGACUGAACAGGAACAAGGCUGCAGGUCCAGAUGGGUUCAGCCCCAGAGUACUGAAGGCCUGUGAGGAGCAGCUCUGUGGGAUUCUGAAGCACCUCUUCAACCUCAGCUUGGUCCAGGAGAAGGUUCCAGUCCUGUGGAAGACAUCCUGCCUUGUUCCAGUUCCAAAGAAAACUCGCCCAUCAGUCAAUGACGACUACAGACCGGUUGCCCUCACAUCCCACAUCAUGAAGGUCCUAGAGAGACUCCUGUUGGUCCACCUGAAUAAGCAAACUAGAACAUAUCAGGACCUGCUGCAGUUUGCUUAUUGCCAUGGAGUUGGAGUUGAAGAUGCCAUCAUCCAGCUGCUUCAACCAACCCACUGUCAUCUGGACAAUGCAGGCAGCACUGUGAGGGUCAUGUUCUUUGAUUUCUCCAGUGCAUUUAACACAAUCCAGCCUGAUGUACUUUGCCAGAAACUCCAGAAGACACAGGUGGGGGGCCUCAGCUAUCGCCUGGAUUAAAGACUACCUGACAAACAGACCACAGUUUGUGAGGCAGAAGAAUUGCACAUCAAACCAGGUGAUCGGUAACAUUGGAGCACCACAGGGGACUGUAUUCUCACCAUUCCUUUUCACCCUGUACACCUCAGACUUCCAGUACAAAUCAGAGACCUGUCAUCUACAGAAAUACUCAGAUGACUCUGCAGUUGUCGGGUGUAUCAGAGAUGGACAGGAAGCUGAGUACAGAGAGCUGGUGGAGCGCUUUGUGGCAUGGUGUGGAAACAAUCAUCUGACAUUGAACAUUCAAAGGAGAUGAUUUUAGACUUCAGAAGAAACAGGGUGGAGUCAAACACUGUGUCCAUCAUGGGAGAAGAAGUGGAGAUGGUUGAGGAAUACAAAUACCUUGGAGUUCACCUGGACAACAGACUGGACUGGAGAAAGAACAACAAAACCAUUUACAAGAAGGGACACAGCAGACUGCACUUCUUGAGGACGCUUAGGUCCUUCAAUGUCUGUAGCAAGAUGCUGCAGAUCUUCUACAAGUCUGUUGUUGAGAGUGUGAUCUCUUCAGCCAUCGUCUGUUGGGGUAGUAGCAUCAGAAGCAGGGACCUGAAAAGGCUCAACAGCCUAAUAACAAAGGCUGGUUCUAAGGAUGGGUACCUUUGACAUUUGAAUCGAUUCGGUACUAAUUUCCGGUACCUACGAAUCGAUACGGUACUUAACGGUACCAAUUUUCAAUACUUUUGAGUGUUUAUUAUUUUAAUUCUCUUUUAUAAUUAAAUAUAUAUUUUUCUCAAUAUAUAACAAUAUUUGAUAUAUAUCACGAUAAAUAACAUACAACUGUUUGUAUUUUAACAUCGUCCUUGUAGUUUUAUAAGCUGAUAAUUAAACUGAAGCAAACAUCUUUACUGUGAACUACAUUUACUGCGUAUCUUCAUUCCUUUUGCCGUCUUUUUUCAUUUAAUUUUUCCUACUGGGAAGUUAGAAUUUCCGAGGAGAAAGCGAAUGCACCAUUAGCUGAUAACAAUGGUAGCAAUGGAAGCUAACAUACCAAGCUAACGUUAUCUUAAACAGUUUAUUUAGCUGCUGGAGCAGAUUAAAACGAUGAUGCCUCACGCUUAGAUCAUUGUCACUGGUUUCACCUUCACCCAAUCACCCGUCGCAUUUAGUAAAGUGAAGCCAAACUUUAGAGCGUGUUCAUGUUCUAGUCGGAAAUUCGGAGUUCCGAGGAGAAAGCGAACGCACCAUUAGCGAAACGGAAGCUAACAUAUCAAGGUAACGUUAUCUUAAACAUUUUAUUUACAUUUUAUUUACCUACCGGAGCAGGUUAAGAUGAGGAUGUCUCACUUAGAUCGUUGUCUGUCGCUGGUUUCAUCAUCACCCAGUUACCCAUCACAUUUAGUGAAGUGGACCCAAGCUUUAGCGUGCGUUCUUUCUACCCAUGCUGCUGUUUACAACUCGCUCGCAGCGACCGACGACAUAACGCUGUUGCGCAUGCGCAGCUGUGUUGGCAAGUUCUCGUUGUGAAGGACGGGUACCGAAACGAGGCACCGUUUGAAACGACGUGAAUCGGUGCACGGUCGGUACUAUGGAAUUCGGUCGGUACCUUAAAAAGUACCGAAUGCGGUACCCAUCCCUAGCUGGUUCUGUUCUGGGGACGACUGUGGAACCACUGGAGGAGAUAAUGCAAAGAAGGAUUCUCCAGAGAAACAAGAAAAUGAUGGACAACCCUGAGCAUUCUCUUCACAAGACUGUCUGACAACGGAAGAGUGUCUUCAGUCAGAGGCUUCUUCAGUUUCGCUGCAACACUGACCGCUACUGGAGAUCCUUCCUGCCAACAGCCAUUGUAAUAUACAACUCUUUGAUGACUUGAUUAUUAUUAUUAUUCUGAGCUACUACAGCAAUCAAUUUCCCUCUGGGAUUAAUAAAGUACUUUUUAAUUUAAUUUAAUUUAAUUUAAUUUAAUUUAAUUUAGCUUUUUCGCUUCAUCAUUACCGUACAGGGGAGUGAGGGUUUACAGUUAUUAACCAUUUUUAUCUGUUUCCAAAAUACUUUGUUAUCCUUGCAAGAGAUUGUCUUAGCCAUGGAAUCUGCCCUCAUGUUUUGCUCCUCCUUCUUAAUGAAUCUUAUAGCAUAUUUGUAUUUUGCAUUUUUCAGCUUUUUAUGCUCAAAUAUAGGACCAUGUCUGGGUUUGCCUGCAAGGUCCCAGGAAGUAGUGGCUUCACGAGCGUCAGCAUGACUUUGAGACACAUAUGUAUUCCAACCAGGCAUAAUUUUACUUCUUUCUGCUUUGAGUGAAACACUGGCUUGCAUGAAGUAACGCUGUGACUAUGUCACAGUACAUGGAGUUUAUAUCUGUUUUGUGCUCAGUGUUUGUCAGUGUGUCAGUGUUUUUAAACACACACUUACACGACUUAUAUAUGAAGUAGUGUUUGUAUGGCUACAUUGUGAUUUCUUAGUAAAAAUUCUAUUUAGUGAGAGAUAAACUUUAUUGUAUUUGUCCUAGUGAAUCUAUAAUUAAACGGGUAAACUAGUAGUAGCACAUUCAGUGUCAAAGAGAGUAAAAAGUUAUUAUCAGGAGAGGGAGAAUGUUUAAGUGGUUAGCAGCAGUGUGCUAGCCAAUGGCCCCCUCCAUGAGGCCACCACAGCUCAGCAGAACAUCAUUGUAGCUUCUUCUGGGGAGAAAAACACGGAGAAAAAAUAAAGUUAACAGCUGACAUAGCAGGAAAUAAUGCAGUUAAAGAGCAGAUUGUAGAAGAAAGUAGUCGAGUGUGGAAAGUGGUCAGUGUGUCCUCCAGCAGUCUAAGCAUAAAUGAUAAAUGACCCGCACUUGUAUAGCACCUCUCGGAUUAAGGACUCCAAAGCACUUUACACUAUAGUGUAUCAUUCAUCCAUUCGCACACUGAUGGUGAUGAGCUACGAUGUAGCCACCGCUGCCCUGGGGCGCACUGACAGAGGUGAUAGCAGCCUGUAGCAGCAUAACUACAGAAAUAACUCUGGAUAACCUAGCCUUUUAGAUGUAGGCAUGUUGGAGGCAGGGCAAGGGAGAGCCGUCUUUACCGACUGUGUUAGGGUUUUUUCCUGCCUAACGUAAUAUCACAUAGAAUUGAGUGUUCCAUUUUUGGUUCUUUUUAAAACACAGGAACGGUUUUUCUUUACCUUGCUGACGUACGUUUCGUUUGCGGCUGCAAACAUCCUCAGAGCUGACGCUUAUGGUGGCGUCACUUCCUACUCCGUUUAUCCGCGGGCAGCAGAGGACGUUGUUGCCCUCUGAUGCCCGCUUUCCCCUCUCCAAUGCUGCAGUCCCAUGCAUGUUCCAAUAAGUAAACCCCAUCGUCUCUGUUCAUGGUCCCACAUCCACGUCUCCUUAUCUCGAUAGCUUCUUUUAUCCAUCUUUUGUAUUUCUGUAGUUCCGUGUUUAUUAUCCUUGUGUUGUCCCAGUCCAUUAUAUGGUUUUCUCUUGUGCAGUGAUCAUUUACAGCUGACUUCUUUAUUGUGCUUUCUGCUUCUUGUUUUGCUGCUCUUGUGUGUCUUAAACUUGUUUCCCUCUCUCACUCCUUUCUAUGUUCUAUUGUUCGUGUGUUGAGUUGGCGUCCGGGUUCUCCUAUGUAUGUUUUAUUGCAGAGUUUGCAUGGGAUUUCGUAAACGACUCCACAUUUAAGUCCAGCUGAUAUCUUGUCUUUUGGGUGUACUAGUCUGUUUCUAACUGUUGUGUAUGGUUUUGUUGGUGUGUUUAUGUUGUGUUUUUUCAUUGUUGCUCUUAUUUUUUCCGUUAUGCCUUUGAUGUAUGGUAAGGUUAUCACUGGUUUUGGUUGUUGUCUUUCUGGGUUUCUGGUUCUUUGCUUAGGUUGUUUUUUUCUUUCUGUUGUUUGUUGUUUUCUUUUAUUUAUUGCCCAUGUCGGGUAUCCGCAGGUCUUUAAAGCGUGUUGUAUGUGUUUGUCCUCAUGUUUACAGUCUCUUUCUUCUGUUACCAUGUUUGCUCGGUGAUAUAAUGUUCUGAUUACUGACAUUUUGUGUAUGGUGGGGUGUUCUGAUGUCCAUAAUAAAUAUUGGUCUGUGUCUGUUGGUUUCCUGUAUGUGUUUAUGUUUAGGGUCCCAUCGGUCUGCCUGGUUAUUUUCAUGUCCAUAAAUGCUAUGCUUCCAUCUUUUUCUGACUCGUGAACUUUUUUGACUGUCGUCGUCAAUGUUAUUUAAGUGUUGUGUUAGUGUUUCUGUUUGUCCUUUUGGUAUGAUUUCCAAUAUGUCGUCUACGUAGCGUUUCCAUAGUUUUAUUUUGCAGUUUGGGGGGGCGGUGGCUAUGGCUUUUUGCCCUAGGUCUUCCAUGAAAAACUCGCACAGGAUGGCUGAUAACGGGUUACCCAUGGCGAAGCCUUCCAGUUGUUUGUAUAUUGUUAUCGUAUGUGAAGAAAGUGGAGUUAGCUACCAGUCCUAUCAGUUGUGCUGUGUCAUCUGCUGUGAGGUUUGUUCUUUUGUGUAAAGUCUUGUCCUGUCGGAUUCUGUUAACUGCUAUGUCUAUGGUUUUUUGGGUUGGUGUUUUUGUGAACAGGGAUGUGACGUCAUGUGAGAUGAGUAUGUCGUUGUCUUCUAUUGUAAUCUCUUAGUUCUUUAGCCAGUUCUGUGCUAUUUUUGUUGAUCUGUGUUACCUAGUAAUGGGCUGACGAUUUUGCUGAUUUCUUUUGCCAUGUUGUAUGUUGGUGUACCUGUGCUGUCUACUAUUGGUCUAAGUGGGGUGUUUUGUUUGUGUAUUUUUGGCGUUCCAUAGAUUCUUGGUAUUAUGUUUGCUGUGGGAAUCCAGUGUUUGUACAUUUUUUCUGUUAUUUUGCCUUUUUCUUGUAGAGGCUUCAGUUACUUUUUCAUGUUUUUCUUAAUGCUUUCUGUUGGGUCUUUUUUUAAGUAUUUUGUAUGUAUUUUUGACCUCUAACAUCUGUUUCAUCUGUUGUUUAUAUUUUUCUUUGUCCAUAACUACUGUAGUUCUUCCUUUGUCUGCCGGUAGAAAAAUUUUCAGUUCGUUUUUGGAUAAUGCUGUCAUGCUGAUUGUUCUUCUUUUGUAAUAUUGCUGUUUUGAAUUUUGCUGCUCUUUAAUAUCCCAACAACGUUAUUUCCGAGUUCUGCUUUCUUUCCCUCAUCUGUGAUCUGUUGACUUGCUAGUUCUGUUGCUACAAUAAAUUCAUCAUAUGGUA